AUGGAUUCUAUUUCACAUUUCAAAGUGCUCGGCUUGUUUUCCGUUAACGAGGAUACUACGUACGUCACGCCGUUCGAGUACGUCGCCAUCGAGCCGUAUCUGUACGGUCAGUUUGAGAAAUUCAACUCGAAUGGGGGCUUUGAGGACUUCAGUGCUCUUGUACUUAACACGUUCAGUCACUGGACGUGGCAGGUUAGCGGACACAAGUUUCUCGUGUGCGACCUCCAAGGAGUGCAGAACGGCCGAAAGUGCAUUCUGACAGACCCGUGCAUCCACUCAGUUGACGGGCGCUUCGGGAUGACGGACCUCGGCGUGGUGGGGAUGGAGAAGGUACUCUCGAAUCAUGUAUGCAACGCCAUGUGUUACGCUCUGGGCCUGGAGAACCCCAUGGCAGGGCUGCGCCUCGGCGCCCGUAAGUCCCAAGCCACCGCCUACGUGUUCGAGCUGUCGGAGAGUGACAUAUACCGCUCUAACGAGGCUCGCACGCACUACUUCACACUUAUAGAACCCGUAGUUCAAUGA